AUGCAUCUGCAGCUGGACGGCUUCCAGAAUGGGCUUCUUAACUUCCAUGGCAUCAUUUUCAGUUUGCUUUCCCAUGCAAUUAAUGAGUCUGUGGAAUUUCUCUCUCGCUUCCUAAUUUCAUUUUUCCUCUCCUGUUCUUUUUGCUCAGCCACAUUGGGAUUAUCAUCCACAGAGGAUGAGGGCGAGGAGCCCUGGUACCAGAAAGCAUGCAAGUGUGAUUGCCAGGGAGGAGCCAAUGUUCUGUGGUCUGCUGGAGCCACCUCCUUAGACUGUAUUCCAGAAUGCCCAUAUCACAAGCCCCUGGGUUUCGAGUCAGGGGAGGUCACGCCAGAUCAGAUCACUUGCUCCAACCCGGAGCAGUAUGUGGGUUGGUAUUCCUCCUGGACAGCAAACAAGGCCCGGCUCAACAGUCAAGGCUUCGGGUGCGCUUGGCUUUCUAAGUAUCAGGACAGCAGCCAGUGGCUGCAGAUCGAUUUGAAGGAGAUCAAGGUGAUUUCGGGGAUCCUCACCCAAGGCCGCUGUGACAUAGAUGAGUGGAUGACCAAGUACAGCGUGCAGUAUCGGACCGAUGAGCACCUGAACUGGAUUUACUAUAAGGAUCAGACCGGGAACAAUCGGGUCUUCUACGGAAACUCAGACCGGAGUUCUACAGUCCAGAACUUACUGCGGCCCCCCAUCAUUUCCCGCUUCAUCCGGCUGAUUCCUCUGGGCUGGCAUGUACGAAUUGCCAUCCGGAUGGAACUGCUUGAGUGUGCCAGCAAGUGUGUCUGAUGCCUAUUUCAGCUCAGCCCUGUCACUUCAGGGAGAGCUUGGGGGAGGGGGCAUCCCGACAUACCACUGUGAUGAACAGGGCUGUUUCGGAUGAGCACUUUAAAUCUGGAUAGAGAAUACUUCCUUAAAAAAAGUUUCCCAUUUCAGUGAGAGAAAAAGAAAAAAAAAG